GGUAGUAAAAUGUCAACCCCUUAGGGAACCAUGGCUCUUACCCACGAACUGCCCCUAAUAUUACAUACGGACACUUCUUCCGGUAAGCGUAUGCAGGUAUAUAAGGGCAUGGUAGUCAAUACUUAUCAGAGCUGGUCUGAUCUCCACACUGAAAGCUACAAAAUGAACAAGUGUCUCGCCCUCAUCCUUAUCCCAUGCCUGGUGGCCUACGUUGUGGCCAUGCAGUACCCGGCCGGAUCCGGUUACCCCGGAUACGGAAUGACAGGAGGAUACGGAAGCGGAUACGGUUUGAGUAACUACUACUACAACUACGGAAACAACCAGCAGAAGAAGAGCUCCAACUUUGCUCUCCUGAUCUCUGGUCUCCUGUUGCUGUUCGCCUUCAACAUCACCGGAACUCUGACUGGUUAGACGUAAACCAAGGAGGUGGAGAUCGGCGAAGCACUCAUAAAAAUCAUGAUUUCACAAGACUGCCAACCAUAACUGUGAUAUUGCGUGAUCAAAUAUAUGUUGUUACAUUGUUGUUAUGCAUUAUCAUUAUUAAAAGGAACUGUUUGAAACA